CGGUGGCUAUGACGUCAUACCGACGUCAUACCGGCUUCUCCUCGUUCUCCCCGAAGACGAACGAGACCCCCAACAACAAGUCGUUCUGCCAUUUUGGAUACUCGGAGAACAUUUCAUGGUUAUCGAUAUUUACUCGUUUAGAAUUGAGUUAAAAACGAAGAAAUCCAACAAAUGUUUAAAUGGACGCGUCGUCCAUCAUCACGCAGGUGUCACGCGAUGACGAGCAGCUAAAUAACUUCCCGGAGAAAGUUGUACCUGCCAGAGAGUAUGACUUACCCCCCGCAGGUCAAUUGGGGAAGAAACCCCGGAGGAGCAUUUUACGGUCGCUCUUAUGCUGCUUCGGGGGCCAGGCUAGUUCCAAAGGAUCGAGUACUAAGGCUUCAGUGGACAGCGAUGGCCGGUACUCUCCACAGCUCAGUCCUGGCCAACCCAGAUAUCUUUUACCUCAAGUACGAACCUCAGAAAUGCACAAGAAGUGCAUGGUGAUUGACUUGGAUGAAACAUUGGUGCAUAGUUCUUUCAAGCCAAUCAACAAUGCUGACUUUGUUGUGCCAGUCGAGAUUGAUGGCACAGUUCACCAAGUAUAUGUUUUGAAGAGACCACAUGUUGAUGAGUUUCUUCAGCGCAUGGGUGAAUUGUAUGAGUGUGUUUUAUUUACUGCAAGUCUUGCUAAGUAUGCUGAUCCUGUAGCUGAUUUACUGGACAGAUGGGGAGUGUUCAGGGUUCGAUUAUUCAGAGAAUCCUGUGUUUUCCAUAGAGGCAACUAUGUGAAAGACCUGAACAAACUUGGCAGAGAUUUGCAGAAAGUUAUAAUUGUUGACAACUCUCCUGCCUCAUAUAUUUUCCACCCAGAUAAUGCUGUUCCUGUUGCCUCAUGGUUUGACGACAUGCAAGACUCUGAGCUGAUGGACUUGAUUCCAUUUUUCGAAAAACUUAGCAGUGUUGAAUCUGUUUACUCUGUCCUAUGCAACUCGAACCAUCCAUACAACAGUACUAACAGUCCGAGUAGCCAACUUCAACAUCUCCCUCAUGACGAAGAGGAGGAAAGGCGGCAGCAGCAACAGCAAUUGUCGUAUCAACACCAUCCAAUUCAUCAGAUGGAACAGCAACAGCAGCAGCAUCUUCAAUUAGGGAACCAUUCUGUUUCAUAACGUUGACUUGCCCCACCUGGAGUGGUGGUGGUUGGCUUUAGUUGAGGGGCACAAGACUGGACUGGGUAGGCAGGGCUUGCGUCAGUUUGCGUCUGUGCUCACUGCCGCUUGAUUUUUGGGUUAUGUCUCAAUUAGGAAAUGUCUGCCCAGCCUUUGCUGAAAUUCAGUCAAUCUCUAAAUCAAUUAAUUUGUCUCUUUAUUCUGAUUAAGUACACCCUCUGAUGAUCCAUUCUUGUAAUGUGAUGAUUGCUUCUUUAACUUCUAUGUUUGUGUAUGUGUGUUCCAUAUGUGCAAAACUAAGUGCAUAUGCAUUCUCACAUGUACUGGAGUGAACAUAGAGAUUUUAUUAUUUUAUUUGUGUGACUCUAAACCUUUUAGGUAUUUAUUGGACAUAACCCUAUGUGAUAUUAGCGUAAUUAGUGAGCCUGGUCUGGUAUUGUGCCGCUUGCCAUGUUGGCUCUUUCAAUGCAACUGCUUGAUGGAAGGCUUCUUGCAUUCCUGUAUGUAUUUGCAUUCAUCCAAUUUCGGUAUGGACAAUGUAAUUGUUGUUACCAAAGUUUCUUGACAAGAUACCAGUAUCUCAUUUUGAGGCAAAGAAACAAAUUGUGUAUGAUAAGCAAUGCAUCAAAGCAGAGGCAUAUUCUCCCAGUGGCAGCUACGUCUGCAUUAUUUAAAUAAACUGACAAGGCAGAUUUCAGCCACUACUACUAAGUCAUCAAUAUAUUCUACAGUCCAUGUGCCAAUAUUGUCUUACUGGGUAUCAUGAGCCAAUUUUCUUCAUAUUCGUGAAAGGGUUUUAUCCUAUGCUUCACUUUUCUAUCAGAUAUAUUUUUUUAGAAACUUCUGAAAGGGUCUGCAUCUGAUAAAUGCACUUUGCUCCAAUUUCAUUCAAGCUUUCAUACUAUUACAGACUAUUUUUUAUCAACCUCUCAUAAUCAAGUCUAACUCAUUAAAGAUUAGUAUAUUAUUACUAAAGGACCAUUAAUUUCAUUUUAAUCUUGGCGUCAAAUUUUAUCCGAUGAAAGUGCCAUAUCAAAGGAGGUAGUACUUGUCCACACACUGGAAUCUAUAUCACCUUGACAUGUGAGUGCAUGUGAGUGCACCAUGCAUCUUGUUGAUGGAAAUGUAAUUCUGUUGGUUGUACUGUUUUCUACUCAUUCAAGUUUAGCAUAUUUAACCAUUUCAUAUCUGUUUUGUCAGUUUUUAUGAAAUUUAAUAUGCAGGGUGUAUAUAGGUAUUGUUACUGUCUCACCUUUGCAUUAAAACUACAUAUGAUAGUGUUGCUUACUUGUCCGGCUGACUUUUGAACUAUUCAUUCAUCAGGACUGCCCUUUACAAGGAUUUUCUCCCUUUUUAAUGAAAAUUUAGGUACCAUGUUUCGUUGUUUUUUCCCCUUUUUCUUACUGAAAUUUACCUUUGACUUAGAAAGUUACGGAACAUCUGUAUCUUUGUUAUGAUUCACAAUAGAUUAACUUAUAGAGCAUUUUAUGUUUUUAUCUUAUUUUUUUUCUUUUUCCUUUGUUGAUGGAGUUUGUAUAGUUAUUUUAUUGUAACAUUUUGAGAAAUUUUCUUUAUUGUGAGGCCUUUGUUUUCCCCUGGCAUUCCUCAAGUUUAGUAAUUCAUAGUGCAAUCAGACCUUUCAAAUGCAUCAUUUAUAGGCAUCAUCCUACUUUAUGUUACAAGAAACUUAUCUUGAUAGUGGUGGUGGUAAGUCGGCAUUUCACGAGCUUUUAAGUGCCUUUUAAUGUUAGGACAGAUGUGAUGCACUGAAGGAACCUAUUCUGCUGUAUGCAUACUGAUUUGUCUUUAUGUUUAAGUUCAAAAUUAUUAUGUCUGUGGUCCAUGCAAAGCAAAGUUUCAAAAAUCUGGGUAGCAGCCACAUAUAGCCGCAUCUGUUUCAACUUAAUCACUUGAGUGGGCGAUUCCAGUCUCCUCACCUCUUUACAUCUCAUUUUCAAUGAAGGUUGUAAAUAACUGAGGGUUUUGUAUUCCUCUUAAAAUUAUUCGUGUUGUAUUUACAUUAGUCAGCCGAUUGCAGCCUAACCAAAUUUGUUUUAUGAACUAAUUUUUAAUGACUUUGUGGAUCUGUUUGUUGCACCUUUCAUUUUUAUGUUUACUUCAUGAGGAUUUGUUGGGAAUGUUUUUCUUUGCUGGUACCCUUCACUGUAAUUUGAAAAGUAAGCCUUUUGUUGGUUGAAGACUGUAAAUGAUUGUAAAACUUGCCCAUAUUCCCCCAAAAUUUUAUUUGGCUCAAAGGGUUCAGAGUCUAAAUGACUCUUGUUCCUUAUGCUAAUACAAGUGAACCCAGGUAUUUUUGUGAUCCAGUUUCAUUAUCAUAACUAUGCAUUAGAAAUACUGUUAAGCAGCCAGGAGAAAAUUCUGUAAAUUUGAAAACUAUUUGUUUACAUGGUCUUGUAGCAGCUAAAAAACAUCAUCUUCUGACAACCUUGUAUUUUUGAAUAAGUGUUCCUGACAAAGUGAACCCAAAAUUGAUGUAAUUCAAGGAUGGAAGUACAAGUACUUUCACACCUUCAAAUCAAGUCAAUUCUACGUACAAACUAUGAUAGCUUGGUCUGAUUUGGGUUAACUGGUAAUGGACAUACUUGUAGGUGGCAUGUUGCAAGCUUAUAAAUAGUAGUCUAUUUUAAGUGUGAACAUUUACCUCAUCAGUAUUUUCAGUGGACCUUGAACAUUCAAACAGUGUUCAUAAUGUGCUUACGGUACAUCAAAUGAUUUUUGUCUGAAAUGAUUUGCUCUGUUUCAUCGUUGUCAUAGUAGUAUGACCGUUACUGGGAACUUAAUAUUAUUUAUUUAUUUAUCAACAUCAAAUUUUGUGAAAAAUUGACUAUUCUCUUAUGACAUUAAUUGUUUUAUAUUACAUGUUUUUAGGCUUUUUUUGUUUCAACUGUAUAUCCCUGCAUUCUGAGGCUGUCAUAGCUUCUCAACGAAUGCUGUAUGUAUCACAUAAAAAAUUUGUACUUACAAACUAUAUUGGGUACUUAAUCUACUCAUAUGUUAUCUAUCUGAAUGUCUGAGCCAGCACACAACUGUUUUUGCUUCCCCUGGUUAUGAUGAGAAUGUUGUCACUUUUCAUGCUUUUAACUUUUACUUUAUUGUGCUGUUCCCCUUCCCAUUAAUGAAAACAAAACUAUAACAGAACUGUGAGACAAUUAUUAUUGGUCCCUGUGAUGAGCAUUCUAUUUAUUAUCACUUGUAAGUGGCCCACCAAUUGUAGAAUUUCUUUUUUCCUCUUUUGUUCUGAACAUAUCAUGAUAUUUUGUUUCUGUUGCAUCUCCAUUUUAUUUAGCCUUAAAUCCUGAGGUUUUUUGCCAUCUAUACUAUUAGCUUCUAUUUUUGGUACUACUUUUCUACAUUUUCUAUGUUUGACAGUAUUUUCAAGUGUAUUAUCAUGAUUUGCAUGUUUACUGGUGCAGUGUUUUUAUGUAAGUCUGAUGGUAGUGUCCACUUAUGAAUGGGGAUGUUGGUUUCAAAUUUCACUGUUGUGUAGGAACUGGCACAUUUGCUCCCUUUACCCUGAGUAUCAAAGAAAUCGGCAUCCAAGUUCGGGAACAGACUGCAAUAAAGAGGACAACCCUCAUGUUGUGUUUUGUGUUAAACCUAGUGUAGGUUAGAAUUACAAUGAGUAAUCGUUUUGCUGUUCAGUCUUUUUUUUUUCUUCUUUCUUUUUGUAAAAAAAAAAAUAGAGUCACUAUGAGAAUUUAUUUUGGUUAUCUUGAGGCAUGGAUGUAAACACCUUUUCCAAUUGAUAUUUUCUUCAUUGUUGUAAUGUAGAUCCUUCAAAAGUUCCUUUUAUAUUCUUUGAAGCAUUCUCCUAUUCUUUUUGCUCUUGAAAUUAUUGUGAUGUCUUGACUGAACUCUUUUACUUCAGUUCUUUUUUUUUUUAUGUUUUUGUUAAUGUGUGGAAAGCUCAUUCACAUUGGAAUAUGUAGCUGUGUAGCUAUUGCUCUGCUUCAGUGUCACUUAACAUGUUUAAAAAAAAUUUUAAAAUUGGAUCUUGAAGCCUCAUUGCUAUAGGUUAUGCAAAAAGGGCUUGAGCCCUGGAGUACUGUACUUUAUUUGCAAUGAGUGGGGCCAGUGUUGAUAGCAGUGGAGAAGCAUUUUUAUCCAUCACUUCGAUUAUGAGGUAGGCAUUUUGAUUGAACAAACCCCUCGGUGUUGCUUCUGUGUUCAGUACUGAAAGCAAGUGCUCCUUAAAUAUUUCAGAUUUCAUUGAUAUUAUGUCCCCCUCCCCCUGCCCCUUGUUUUGUUGUGAUUUUAUCAGCUUCAACUUUGUUUUAUUACUGUUUUUGUUACCAACUCUGAACUGUCUUAAUGUUUUGACCAUGUCUUUGGUACCAUAUGGUUGGAACCUGUUUGAUCUGUCAUACAUAACACUAGACUUGAAGGAAAGUUUUGCAUACAAUGAAAACUAAUAUAUUCUAGUAAUAAAUACUGAUGCUUUUGAACAAUUGUUUCAGACUGUAAACCUACACUUUUUGUUUUCUGAAAAGAAAUGUUUGGCAUUGAUUUUUGUUGGAGUUUAUGUAUCUAUAGCAUGCUUUCUAGCAUGCCAGCUUGUUUUGCCUCUUAACUUUUACUGAGAGAUGUUUCACCAUUGCUUACCAAAUAUGCUUCCAUCAACUUCUUUCACACUUCCUUCUUUAUUUUGUUAUUAGUUAAUUUGACUUUAUAAUAGAUACUUUUAUUUGUGGCAUAUGCUUAGCUGUUAAUUGGCGCCCCUGAGUUAGACUUAGAGUAACUGGUACUAGUUAUGAUUAAAAGGAAAACUGCACUGGGCUUCUUGAGUGAUAUGUUCACCACUCAUGUUUAACCUCAGCAAAACCUAUGCGACAGCACAGAGCACAAAUUCUAGUUGAGAGCUUUGCACUACUCAGUCAAUUUUUUUUUUCUUUAAAAAAUUAAUUUAGUAGGUUUGAGCUUUGCAAUAGGGUGGUUAUGGGCAUCAUGCAUUUUGCAUGCACAUACAUUUUAUUUUAUGUGUGUGUUUUUACCUAUAACUUGUUUGGUCCUGACUCUGCAUUAGUGUUUUAAAACUAUUCGCUUUCAUCAAGCACCUAGUCGAAUGUUUUCAGGAAAAAGUAGCACCCAGGCAAUGAUUAUUUUUAUUUAUUUGUGUGUAGUACAGAUCAUUCAAUUUUGCUUUGAUAUUAUGACUGGAUGUGAACCAUCCUGCGAUUGACUUAGCUGUGGGUUGACACAGUAUGACGUUUAGGGAAUAUUGCUCGGAUAGCUAUGUUUACUCAUUGUUACAAUGCUUCCGCAAAUUUGUCACAGUGACGUAUCUGUUUAAGUGUGUGUAUGCAGAAUUCUAGCAGGAUAGCCCAAUCCAGUCCACCCAAAGACUAGCCAUUUGUAGAUUGGUUUGUAUUUAUAAUUGGUUAAUUCAUUUUUAUUUUAUUCAUAAAAAAAUGUGUACAUACUAUUGUUGUUAAAAGAUAAAAUGAAUAAUACUCUCCAUACAAGUACUAACUAGCCUUGACUGGGCACGGGGAAGGUGCAGGGGUUGAUUGUAGGUGCUUCCAAUUGAGCUGUGUAUGGAGAUAUAUUGCUCAAUGGUUUCAUUAUUCAAGAUCUUUUGUAUUUUAAAUACAUAAAACUAGCCAUAAGAUAAAUUUAUAAUAACACAUAUUUUGGAUUACAUUACUGGAAUUCGUAUCCUUGCAUUGUAAUGAGAGUGAGAGAUUGAGAUAAAUGAAUAAUUGUCGUCAUAAUUAUUUUACCCGUGUAUAAACUUAACUGAUGUACAUUCUUCAUGUUGUACAUAAUCUGUUUCAUUUGAGCAACAGAAACAAUCAUAAAGCCUUUGGUUUUGUAAAUAAAAAGCCUUUCCAUUUA